AUGUCCGAGAAAAACACCCCCCUCGAUGUCGAUUCCGAAAAGGCUUCUCCACCUUCUGAUACCAUCACGGCCCCCAAGACAGAGACCGGCACCCAUCACGACCUCGAUAGCUUGACGGCGCUCGGUUAUACCCCAGAACUGCAUCGCAAUAGAUCCCUCUUCACGUUGCUGUUCCAGACUCUUGCUAUCGCUGCAAUUCCUUAUGGAGAAGGUGGACCUCUCAUCAGCGCCAUCUAUGGAGGCGGACAGCUGUCUAUCUUUGUUGGCUGGCUGGUUGUUCUUGUACUGGAUGAAUGUGUCGCGCUUUCACUGUCUGAACUCGCGUCGCGGUAUCCUACUUCGGCGGGCCCCUACUACUGGUCGUUCCAAGUCGCCAAGCGCCACAAGACGGUCUUGUCUUUCAUCACGGGAUGGGUCUGGCUUAUUGGCAAUUGGACCAUCACGUUGUCCGUGAAUUUCGGAUUCGCAAGUCUGAUCACCGCAACCGUUGCCAUGUACCACCCGGACUUUGUGGCCACGAGCUGGCAACUCCUGCUCAUCUUCUAUGCCAUCUGCAUCGCCUCAUUUGUGAUCUGUGCGUUUGGGAACAAGUUUCUCCCCAUGGUCGACACCAUUUGCGCCGCCUGGACCCUUAUCAGCAUCUUCAUAAUCCUCAUUGCCCUAUCCGUCAAAGCAGACGUCGGACGCCAUAGCGCCGCUUACGCCCUAGGACAUUACGACACUUCUCUAUCGGGCUGGGGUGGCUUCACGUUCUUCAUCGGCCUGUUGCCUGCAGCAUACACCUUUAGUGCAAUUGGUAUGAUCUCUAGCAUGGCAGAAGAAGUAGCCGACCCAGCUAUUCAAGUCCCACGCGCCCUAUCCCUCUGCGUCCCCGUAGGAGGUCUCGCCGGCCUCUUCUUCAUCAUCCCCAUCUGCGCCACCAUGCCGGAUCUUACGGACAUCCUAACCGCACCAUCUGCCCAAGCCAUGCCCUACAUCUUCCACAUCGUCAUGGGGUCCCCAGGCGGAGGGCUGGGACUAACAUUUCUAGUUCUCGGCGUUACAAUGUUCUGCUCCAUAUCCAUUACCAAUGCUGCAUCCCGCUGCACUUGGGCCUUUGCACGAGAUGAUGCUAUUCCAGGAUCCAAGCUAUUCGCUAUCGUCAACCCCAACCUCGGGGUCCCAGUGUAUGCCCUCGCGCUCGUCACAAUUGUGCAAAUGCUCCUUGGCCUCAUCAAUCUUGGCUCCUCGUCCGCAUUUACAGCCUUCGUCUCAGUUGGUGUCAUCGCCCUCUCCGUCUCCUACGCCAUCCCCAUCGCCAUCUCUUUGCUGUGGAACAAACGUGUGGAAGUCAACCAAGCGCGCUGGAACUGCGGUCCUGUUAUCGGCACUGUUGUGAACUGCAUCAGUUUGGUGUGGAUUACUUUCGAGGUCGUGCUGUUUAGUAUGCCGACGGCGUUGCCUGUGACGGUUGUUUCGAUGAAUUAUGCUAUUGUGGUUCUAGUGGGUCUUUUGACUAUCAGUGCGGUGUGGUAUGGAAUUUAUGCUCGGAAAGUUUACAAGGGCCCACCUAGUUCUGAUGGUCUUUCGUGA